AGACCAUCGUCCUUUACAGCGACUCAGUAUUAACACGGAUCCACGCAGGCAGGAGGUGGUUUGUGACACAAAAUGGGAAACGCAGACACCAAACUUCACUUCAGGAAAGCGGUGAUUCAGCUCACAACCAAAACACAGCCUGUAGAAGCCACAGACGAUGUCUUCUGGGAUCAGUUCUGGUCCGACUCCUCCACCACCGUCCAGGAUGUUUUCGCUCUGGUGCCGGCGGCAGAGAUCAGAGCUGUCAGAGAGGAGUCUCCGUCCAACCUGGCAACCCUCUGCUACAAGGCAGUGGAGAGGUUGGUCCAGGCUGCAGACUCCGGCUGCUCCUCAGAGAAACAGCGCCAGAUUGUCCUGAACUGCACCCGCCUGCUCACCCGCAUCCUGCCGUACAUCUUCGAGGACGCCGACUGGAGAGGCUUCUUCUGGUCCACCGUGCCCGGAGCCGGCAGAUCGGGGGGUUUAGACAAAGAUGCCGAUGAUGAUGAUGAAGCACGGCCGCUGGCUGAAUCCCUGCUGCUGGCCAUCGCCGACCUGCUCUUCUGUCCACAUUUCACUGCUCAGAGCCACAAGAAGAACGGCCCGGAUACAACUGAGGACAUGCGAUCCAUAGACAGCUGUGAGUACAUCUGGGAGGCCGGGGUGGGCUUCGCACAGUCGCCUCCUCUAAACUACAUCCAUGACCUCAACAGGACCGAGCUGCUGAAGUUGCUCCUCACCUGUUUCUCUGAAGCCAUGUACCUUCCUCCGUCAUCUGAAAGAAACCUCAAUCCCUGGGUCUCCUUCUUCUGCUCCACAGAAAACAGACAUGCCCUGCCUCUCUUCACCUCCCUGCUCAACGUGGUGUGUGCCUACGACCCUGUGGGGUACGGCAUCCCGUACAACCACCUGCUGUUCUCUGACUACCGGGAGCAGCUGGUGGAGCAGGCCGUCCAGAUCCUUAUCGUCACCCUGGAGCAUGAGGCUGGGUCGGCCGCCAGCGCCGCCCUCCAAGCCCUGGACGCCUCUGCAUCCACCUCAGCAGAGGAGGAGCAGGAGCCAUCUGGACCUGAUAACCUCUUUGUGAAUUAUCUCUCCAGAAUACACAGAGAAGAGGACUUAGGCUUCAUCCUGAAAGGUCUGUCACGGCUGCUCAACAAUCCUCUGGUCCAGACUUAUCUGCCUCGUUCCACCAAGAAGAUCCAGUUCCACCAGGAGCUGCUGAUCCUCUUCUGGAAAUUCUGUGACUUCAACAAGAAAUUCCUGUUCUUUGUGCUGAAGAGCAGCGACGUGUUGGACAUGCUGGUUCCCAUCCUCUUCAACCUGAACGAUGCCAGAGCAGAUCAAUCUCGUGUCGGCCUCAUGCACAUCGGCGUGUUCAUCCUCCUGCUGCUGAGUGGAGAGAGAAACUUCGGUGUUCGUCUGAACAAGCCCUACACUCUCCGGGUCCCGAUGGACAUUCCCGUUUUCACAGGAACCCACGCUGACCUGCUCGUUGUGAUCUUCCACAAAAUCAUCACCAAUGGACACCAGCGCCUCCAGCCUCUGUUUGACUGCCUGCUAACAAUUAUAGUGAACAUUUCCCCUUAUCUGAAGAGCCUGUCCAUGGUGGCGGCCAACAAGUUGCUCCACCUCCUGGAGGCCUUCUCCACACCCUGGUUCCUCUUCUCCUUCCACCAGAACCACCACCUUGUCUUCUUCCUUCUGGAGGUCUUCAACAACAUCAUCCAGUAUCAGUUUGAUGGUAACUCCAACCUUGUGUACGCCAUCAUCCGAAAGCGUAACGUUUUCCACCAGUUGGCCAACCUGCCGUCUGACAAAGCGUCUAUUCAGAAGGCCCUGCAGAAGAAGAAAAAGUCUGGGAUUUCCAGGACCAACUCUACAGAGGCAGAGUUCAUGGAGGGCACCAGACCUGCUGUACCUGCUGAGCCUGGCACGCUCAAAGCCAGCUUAGAGGCCACUCCAGGAAUUGAUAAGAUAACAGAGAAGACCCAGGUGGGCGAGGACGGCACCUUGAUUGCUGUACCACAUUCAGACUCUACACAGACGACUGCUGAUAACAGUGCUGUAGCUGGAGCCAGCGACACAGAGUCCAACUCAGAGAGAGACCACGAGGCGGACCACACAGAGUCAGAAGCAGCGAGGUGCGCUGAUCCAGAAUGGGUGUUGUCAUGGAAGGUGAAACUUCCUCUGCAGACCAUUAUGCGGCUGUUGCAAGUGCUGGUCCCUCAGGUGGAGAAGAUUUGCAUCGACAAGGGUUUGACAGACGAGUCAGAAAUCCUUAAGUUCCUUCAGCACGGCACGCUCGUCGGCCUCCUGCCCGUCCCUCAUCCCAUCCUCAUCAGGAAGUACCAAGCCAACGCCGGCACGACCAUGUGGUUCCGCACCUACAUGUGGGGAGUCAUCUACUUACGCAACGUGGAUCCUCCAAUCUGGUACGACACGGACAUACGGCUCUUUGAAAUCCAGAGGAUCUAGAGCAGCUGUUCUCUUCACAACCUCACCAACAAACAAGAUCUGCGGUGUUUCCCCUUCCUCGCGUCUGAACUGUGACCAGAGGAACAUUUUCACAUUGUUUUGGUGUUUAUUUAAAGAAAAAACAAGCAGUGAAAAUCUUGUUCUGAAUUCUUCCCGACAGCUUUCAGGGUUUAGACAAAAGAGGAAAUGUCUACAUGUGUCAAAACAUGGAUUAUGAGCGGCUGCAGUAAAAACAAUGCCAAAUGGUAAUUCAAUUUAAAUUAUUAAAUAGUAAUUUAUUCAUUUUGCCAAAAAAAUUUAAUUGGUGACAAUUAGUGAGAUUAAGUGACAUGAGCACAUGACUUAGUGAUGUAUUUGACUUUUUUGAGCAGUUUUCUGUUUGUUCUUUAAACCCUUUGCCAUAAAUGAACUACUACUACUGUCGGCUCACUCUAGACUAAAGGAUUCUGCUGUACUGAAGCCUUUCACAUUGUGCUGAAAGGAAACUCAACAUGGGAUUUCUUUUCUGUCAUUUCCAGACAGAAACCGCAAAGGAACCUCUUGUGAAUAUGAUGUUAUAUAUCCUGCCAGAAUUAAAAACUGAUGAGAUCGG